AUGGGGUUCCCGCAGAAAGAUCGGUGGUAUACGGCGCUGAGCGAAGGGAGUGUUGACGCCGUGAUAGCCUUGAUCCUUUCCCAGCUUGAGAAUUUGGAGACGUUGAAAUUGGCACUGUGUCUGGUGGAUGAUUCCUUGUUCGUGGGAAUGGUAUUGAAGCAUUUGAUUAUGGUACGUGGGGGAGGAAGUUUCAGCAGUUUGAGAUGCGUAAAAUUUGGCGACAACGUUAAUGGCUACGAUAUUCUGGAUAUUCAGGCGAAUAUUGACCAGAUUCUCCCAUGCUUCUUCCUUCCGUCCUUGGAGGAACUGAUAGUGACUAUCCAUGAGCCCGACCUCAGCUCAUGGCGCAAGCUCAAAGAAGAGCUGCACCAGAAGCAGCAGUCUCAGUCACUCACAACGCUCCGCCUCUACCGGUGCGACAUCGACCCGAAGCAUGUGGAGAAACUGGUGAUGUUAGCACCAAGACUCAAAGUACUACACUGUGGUUUCCUCCGUCACAUCUCGGCAUCUGAAUACUCAGAAGAGACUGAUUUCGCCCAUCUCUGUUCCGCUCUACUACCCGCCGUAGAUACCCUUGAGGAACUAACUAUUGACAUGCGAUGGACUGAAAAAAACUGCGAUGUCUUCUCGAUGCCGCUCAGUUCAGCAGGGAGAGUUCCCAUGGGCUCGCUGCAGCAGUUUCACGUCCUCAAGCGCCUGGACAUACCGACUGAAUUACUGCUGGGUAAUCUUAAUCGCUCGGGGCAUUCGCACAAACGACUAUCUGACCUCCUGCCCCCGAGUCUUCAAUCUCUAUGCUUGGUAGACAACACAGUGACUUGGGAAUCGAUUUCUGACCGGCAUAGCCCAAACUCAACCAAAAAUUCUAUGCAAGCGAGCAUCGAUGCACUCGCUGAAUAUCUAAGAGAUCGUGCACAGCACGCGCCCUUUCUGCGGGACGUCGUCCUUAACUAUGAAGGCAGGCCGUGGGAAGGGCACAGCCUGCUCGAUCCAACGUAUAUCGGCAAUAUUGCGCGUCCAACACAACCGCAGCUGCUGCGCAGAAUUGCGGAGGCAAGUGGUGUUGCCAUGUGUGUAUUUUACACGAAACGGAUCAAACCGGGGGUUUCGACGCGGGCGUCAAUUAUCGUGUAUGAUCCUGAGAACCCGGAUGCAGAGCCUAUUGAGUGUGGGCCGUCGUCUGUGCUCUAG